AGUCGAAGCAAUAAUAAUGUUAAUUAAUGAUAAUUUAGUGAUUGUUAUAAAUAAUUGGAAUGAAAAUAUUACUGUAAAUUAUACAGUUUAGUGACAGUGUUCGGCGGAACGACAGUGUCCUUGUCAGUGCAAUUAUUUUUUAUUCUGUCGGUGGUGGUACGAAGUUCAUUAUACAUGGAACGAGUCGAUUUGAAUAUUUUGCUGACAUGUAAUAAAGCAAUAUAUAUUCAUUGAUUUGGUUGUACACGAAAUUAUAUUUGUGAAAAAAUACUGAAGUGUGCAAGAUGUUUCGAAGCGAAGAAAUGGCCCUGUGCCAAAUGUUCGUCCGGCCAGAGGCUGCCUACGCCACUGUCUCCCAAUUGGGCGAUGAGGGAAUCGUACAAUUCAAAGAUCUAAAUGCAGGCAGCAAUUUAAGUAGCAGAAAAUUUAGCGCAGAAGUAAGAUUAUGUGAUGAAAUGGAACGCAAACUUGGAUAUUUAGAAUAUAUAUUAAUUAAAGAAAACAUUCCAAUAAAAUCUUCUACAAAUGAUGAAAACUUUCCCACAUUAAAUCCACGUGAAGUCAUGGACUUAGAGUUUUCUAUAGAAAUGGAUAAAAAUAAAGUUACGGAUCCUUUACAACAUUAUAAUGAAUUGUUACAACGCCAACAAGAGUUGUCGGAGAAUAUAUACGUUUUAGAAAAAGCUGAGGAAAUUAUGACCAAUAAAUUCUUUAUUGAAUCGUCUUCAACAUCGCCAAAUAAUUCUGAUGUUGAAGUAGCAUUGGAAGAAAGUGGAUUUUUAACAGGUGUGAUAGAAACCCAAAGAUUACCUAGUUUUGAAAAGAUGAUUUGGAGGGUUUCUCAUGGAUAUGCACUUCUGAAAUAUUCAGAUAUAGAUCACCAAGUUACAGACAGUUCUACAAAAUCAAUUUUUGUCCUGUAUUUUCAAGGAAACAUCACACAAACUCAUAUUUUAACGAUAUGUAGAGGAUUUAGAGCAAAGAUUUAUUAUUAUCCUAAAGAAAUUGUGUCAAGACAACAGUUGGUUGACAAUUUGAAAUAUCAGUUGAACGAUGUAAAAUUGAUAAUUGAUGAAACAGAAGAACACAAAAAUUUAUUGUUAACCAAUAUAGCAGAAGUUUUAACUUACAGACAAAUUACUGUCAGGAAAAUGAAGGCUGUUUAUCACACUUUAAAUUAUUUUAAUUUGGAUAUAUCAAGUGAAUGUUUUAUUGGUGAAUGUUGGAUUCCUCAAAAACGUGUUAUAGAUGUUAAAAAUCUACUUACAGAAUGCUCGUCAAAUUGUGUAGUCAAAUCUUUCUUGAAUAUUCUUCAAACUGAUGUAACACCACCAACAUAUUAUAGGACCAAUAAAUUCACGAAAGGUUUUCAAUCCCUUAUAGAUACAUAUGGAUGUUGUUCGUAUCGAGAAGUAAAUCCAGCUUUUUUAUCAAUAGUUACCUUCCCAUUCCUGUUUGCCAUCAUGUUUGGUGAUUUAGGACACGGAUUAAUAUUAUCCAUAUUUGCCUUAGUAACUAUUGUCAAAGAAAAAAAGUUUGAAGCUGCAAAAAGUGACAAUGAGAUUUGGAAUCUCUUCUUUUUUGGACGAUACAUCAUUUUAAUGAUGGGUUUAUUCUCAAUAUAUACAGGAAUUAUAUAUAAUGAUAUAUUUUCGAAAUCUAUCAACAUUUUUGGAUCUGGUUGGACUGUGGUUAAUAUUUCUCAUGUGACAGAUGAAGUCACCUUGGAUCCUAAGGAUCAAUUUCGGAGUCCUUAUUUUUUGGGAAUGGAUCCUGUAUGGCAGUUUGCCCAUAACAAAAUUCUCUUCUCCAAUUCAUAUAAAAUGAAGUUGUCCAUAAUUAUUGGAGUUUUGCAUAUGGUUGUUGGAGUUUGCCUAUCAGUAUUUAAUCAUGUACAGUUUAGACGUAAAAUCAACAUUUUGAUCGAAUUUAUUCCACGCAUGUUAAUUUUGUUAACGAUUUUUGGAUAUCUUUGCGCGCUUCUGGUGCUAAAAUGGAUUCUAUAUUCAGCACAAAGUCCAGAUCCCCAUUUCAAGCCAUCAUGCGCUCCUUCAAUUCUGGUCAUGUUCAUCAACAUGGUUCUUAUGCAAAAACCACAUUCCCAGAAUUCGAAAUGUUCUGUGACUAUAUUUGAUGGUCAAUUAAUUUUGCAAAAAGUACUGGUUACUUUAGCUUUGAUAAGCAUUCCACUUAUGUUGUUAGCAAAACCGUUAAUUGUGAUAAGCAAAAUCUGGCGUAAAAAAAUAACCACGUGGGUGAGAAGUCGGUCAGCACAUAUACGGUUCAGGCGAAUAUUGUUUUUCCAGACAGAAUCAACUUCCGAGCUGACUCCAUUAUUACCAAAUGAUGAUGAACCACAUUUGGAUGAAGAAUACAAUUUAGGAGAUGAAUUUAUUCUUCAAGCAAUCCACACGAUUGAAUUUGUCCUGAGCACUGUGUCACAUACUGCUUCUUAUUUGAGAUUGUGGGCCCUUUCUUUGGCACAUUCACAACUUUCUGAAGUGCUCUGGUCGCGAGUGAUAUCAGGACCUUCUCAUCUCCGGGGUCCUUUGGCACCAUUAUUUUUAUAUGGAGCUUUUGCUGCUUGGGCAGUAUUGACUGUCACUGUUUUGGUUCUUAUGGAAGGAUUAUCAGCAUUUUUGCAUACCUUACGAUUGCAUUGGGUGGAAUACAUGAGCAAAUUUUACUCUGGAGAAGGAUACACCUUCAAACCGUUUUCCUUUGAAGAUAUUUUGACAAACAACUAG